GCCCUAGAUUCGGGGCUGGAUAUUACGUCAGCUGAAUGGAUGGCAAAAGCCACUGAGGCCGAUGUGGAUAAGGUCUUCAAGUCUGAUGGCGGCUACUCUAUCCCAUUACUGAAAGAACGAGUCAAGGCCAUCAAUGAAUCAGGGAGAGUGCUGCUCGAGAAAUGGCAUGGCUCUUUCUACAACUGCAUCUCGAAAGCAAAUGGAAGUGCAGCUAAGCUGCUUGAACUCAUUGUAGAAAACUUCGAAUCAUUCAGAGAUUUUGCCAUAUUCUGCGGUCAAAAAGUGUCCUUUCUGAAACGCGCUCAAAUUCUGGUAGCAGACGUUUACGGCGCCUUACAUACGGACGAUCCUGCUUGUGAUUUCAAAGAUAUAGGAAUUCUGACCAUGUUUGCUGACUACCGUGUACCACAAGCCCUUGCUUACUUGGGUGCACUGGAGUAUUCACCUGAAUUGGUCAAGUUGCUAAAAUCAGGUCAACUGCUUCCAAACGGUAGUGCCGAAGAGGUCGAGUUACGUGGAGCGUCCAUAUGGGUGUGUGAGGUAUGGAAUUCUCGACUGUUAUCGACUGUUGAACUUAUAACGUCUAUUGUUAGUUCGACGAUUGGAGGGCAUGUCUUUACAACGCCUUCGACGAUUCGUUUUGUAUUUGAUUGGAGGCUAACGCCAGAGGAUACUCUAAUUCCUCGGUCGUACCGGUAUUCUUUACAGCGAAUUGUGUCUGCCAUUAAAAAAUUGCGUGCCGGGGAAGGCGACGUGACCAGGCCAGUCUACGCUAUGGACGUCGAUCUUUUCGCAUGGGUUUAUCGACGUAAGCAUGCGGCUGAAAUUGAAAAAGCGAAGGGAAUUAGGAACAAAAUCAUUGAAACUUAUCCCCACAUCGAGCCUUUCUUAGCAGAUAUUCUACCAAAGAAGGAAAACUUCAAGCUGAUAAAAUGUAAAGAUCAUGUUGAGCUAUUGACUGAUCAUAACGGUGUUGUACAGUUUCUGAAGACCAGGAAUACUGAAUGGGUUCCUACUUUGCGACUACUUCAUAAAUACCCCUUUAUUAUGCCUCAUCAACAGGUUGACAAGGGUGCCAUUAAAUUUGUCCUCAAUGGAUCGUCCAUUAUGUGUCCUGGAUUGACAUCUCCUGGUGCAAAGAUGACACCGGGUGUUCCUGCGAAUGCAGUCGUAGCCGUGAUGGCCGAGGGCAAGCAACACGCCUUGGCAAUCGGACAGAUGAAAAUGAGUUCAGAAGAGAUUCAGUCGGUGAAUAAAGGAAUAGGUAUUGAUAAUAUUCAUUAUUUGACCGAUGGUCUCUGGAGAAUAGCAGAGAAACCAAUAAAUUAA